AUGCUAAAUUGCACUAUAUCUACCUCAUACGCAGAACACCGGGACAACGUGCUGGUGGACAACGCAGUUCCUGUACAAGAAGCCAGAGCUAACGAGGCUCGACAGGCCGCAUUACCACAGGCUCCGUCGGCUGCACAGACUCCAACAAUCAACUCUGUCACUGGCGUAGCUGCUGAAGUUUUAAGCCAAGUGCCCUGCACGAGUCACCGCGACGUGCGGAGGAAAACCAAGGAGCUGAAGGCGAAGCUGCGGAAACAGCGGGACUUAAACCGGAGGCUGCAAGCAAGGUUGCAGAGGCAGCGUCAAGCCCUAACCCUUGGGGAAGUCGUCCGAAGCGUCCGCUCACACGUGUCUCCAGCUGUUGCAGCACUCGUGGAGGCUCAGCUGAGGAUGAACAACGUGAGCCGCUUUGGUCGCCGCUGGUCGAGCCAAAACAAAUCCUUUGCCCUUGGACUCUACUUCCAUAGCCCAAAGGGCUAUAGGUACUGUAGGCGACUCCUAAGGCUGCCGUCAGUGCGAUCUCUGCAGUUGUGGCUUAAGCGAGUCCCGUUAAGGGUUGGGUUCUUCCCGCAAAUCUUCGACCUUAUAAGAGACGAGCGGCUACCUUUUCCAUGA